ACCGGCAAAGACUCUGCGCAGUCAGUCUAUGCGUGCUGGGCACUUCAGCAAACAUGUUAGCACUUAGCAGCCACCACAUCAUAGCCAACUCCGCCGGCACGGCCCUUGGCUAGUGUAUAUAUAUUAUACAUACAUGUUAUAGUCCGGCAGAUGUUGAACUGAAGGCGCACAUCUGUAAGAGGUAGAGGCAGUGAGUUGAUAGCAAAUCCAUCUUCUUGUUCUUCAAGCAUGACGAGCUGGCUAGCUCCAUUAUGUGUUCAACAUCUAGCCCUGCUUAUGCUGCUUCUUUCGCUCCACGAGUCUCCGUUGCACGCGACUGAUACGCUCACCGUGACCCAGCCGCUGUCCGGUGACCGAAAGCUGAUCUCUCAAAACGGCAGCUUCGCACUGGGGUUCUUCCAGCCUACAGGUGCAGAUGGAGUUGCUAAUGGCAAGUGGUACAUAGGGAUUUGGUACAAUAAAAUACCUGUGCAAACUGUAGUGUGGGUGGCUAACAGAGAGAAACCACUCCUAGAUCCAGCCUCGUCAAAGCUAACAAUCUCCGAUAGUGGAAAUAUUGUUCUCCUGACGAACCGCUCUGAGUCUCAUGUGUGGUCUACCAAUAUCAAUAACAAAACUUCCGCCAGAUCGACAGUUGCAGUGCUCCUCGACUCUGGGAAUCUCAUCGUCAGAAAUGCGUCCAACACCUCUCAGGUGCUGUGGCAAAGCUUUGAUGAUUUCAUAGACACAUUUCUCCCGGGAAGUAAACUCGGCCGCAACAAGAGAACCGGCAAGACCAAUCGGAUGAUCUCCUGGAAAGACCAUGGCGAUCCAGCUCCAGGAAUGUUUUCCUGCCAGUUGGAUCCAAAUGGUUCGCCCCAAACCCUGCUCCAAUGGAAUAGCUCAAUAGCAUACUGGACCAGUGGCAACUGGACUGGCAAUGCAUUCCCUGGCAUGCCAGAGUUGUCGACCACCAAUGCACCCAGUGGAUACAGUUUCCAGUUUGUCGACAAUGAAGAAGAAAUGUACUUCACGUACGACAUCAAGACUAGCCCACGGAUAUUUUCUAGGGGUGUUAUUGAUGCAUCAGGCCUGUUCCAGUCUCGAGUAUGGGUGGAGUCGGCACAAGCAUGGAUACCUUAUUUCACAGAACCAAAAGCCAAGUGCAGUGUGUAUGGCAUGUGCGGAGCAUUCAGCAGGUGCACUGAGAAUGCAAUGUCAUCAUGCAGCUGCAUCAAGGGCUUCAGUGUGAGUAAUCCAAACAGUUGGGAGCUAGGUGACCAAACCACUGGUUGCAGAAGAAAUGUCCCUUUGCGAUGUCAAAACAAUGGAUCGGCGAAGGAGCAAGAUAGGUUCUAUGAGAUCAGCGGUGUGAAGUUGCCGGAUAUGGCGCACAGAAUAGACGUAGCAAGGUUUCAUGACUGUGAGUUAGCCUGCCUGAACAACUGUUCCUGCACUGCUUACUCUCAUAAUGGUACUUGCUUGGUUUGGUACAAAGGUUUCAUGAACUUGCAAGAUGGUAUUGGUCCAUUGGGAGAUAGUAUCUUUAUUAGAUUGGCUGCCUCUGAGUUUCCUGGUUCAAGAACCAAGAAAUGGUGGAUCAUUGGGACCAUCAUCAGUGGGCUUGUUUUUAGCUGUGUGGUAGCCAUUGUAUACUUCCUACACAGGAGAAAGCCCACUGGCAUAAAUCAAAGUGAAGGGUCGUUGAUAGCUUUCAAAUUCAGUGAUCUGCAGACUCUAACCAAAAACUUUUCUGAGAAAUUGGGUGCAGGUUCAUUUGGUUCUGUGUUCAAAGGAAUUCUACCAGACACAACAAUAGUUGCAGUUAAGAAACUAGAGGGCCUUCGUCAGGGGGAGAAGCAAUUCAGGACAGAAGUGGGCACCAUUGGGAAUAUCCACCACAUAAAUCUGAUCCGGCUAUUUGGAUUCUGUUCUGAAGGUGCAAAGAGAUUGCUCGUCUACGAGUUCAUGCCCAAUGGCUCGCUUGACAAGCAUCUGUUCGGCGGAAGCUCCCUGCUCUUGAGCUGGAGAACUAGAUAUCAAAUCUCCCUAGGAAUUGCAAAGGGUCUGGCCUAUCUGCAUGAGGAGUGCCGAGAUUGCAUCAUACACUGUGAUAUCAAACCAGAGAACAUAUUGUUGGACAUGUCGUUCGUUCCAAAGGUGGCAGAUUUCGGGAUGGCGAAGCUCCUAGGCCGGGAUUUCAGCAGAGUUCUGACUUCCAUGAGAGGCACAGUAGGAUAUCUUGCACCAGAGUGGAUAAGCGGUGAGGCCAUCACAGCAAAGGCAGAUGUUUUCAGCUACGGUAUGGUGCUCUUUGAGAUCAUAUCAGGGAACAGGAAUGUGAAGCAAACAGAAACAAGCACAGGCCUGUUCUUCCCUGUCUUGGUAGCGAGGACGCUUCUACAAGGAGGGGUACAGGCCCUGGUGGAUUCUGAACUGGUCGAUGAUUUGAACUUGGAUGAGCUCGAAAGGCUGUGCAAGGUUGCUUGCUGGUGUGUUCAAGACAGCGAGAGCUCGAGGCCAACAAUGGGAGCAAUAGUCCAAAUCUUGGAAGGAUUAGUAGAAGUUGAAAUGCCGCCAACACCAAGGUACCUCGAGGUUCUUGCUGGAGGUUGUGCAGUGCCUGCGAUGCUCUCUCACGAUAAGACUAGUUGAACGAAUAUGUAUUUAAUUUACCUUGCCUCAUCCAGGUCAACAAAACAUUUCAAUAAGAGAAGCACUUUGGGACCCUUAAUUAGUUCUGCCAUCAGCUUACUUUGGAUUAGUAAUUACAUUGCUACUUCAACAAUAGAGUAGAGUCCAACCAAUAUUUGUGAA